GACAACUCUAAAAGAGGUUUGCUGUAGCAACUCCACAACAAUAUGGUCUCGAAAGGCCAUUGUGAAAAUGUUCAAGACUGAAUUCGUAGAGUUUUGAAAAUGGAAGCACAAGGAGAAACACUGUCAUCAAGACUGAUUUCCCUAUUUAAGAACGGACAAUGGGGAGAAGAUGAUGUUGUUAAGUUGUUUAAAGCCCUUGUGGAACAUUUUAAUAUAAGAAAUGACAUCAAUGAUUUUUACAAAUGGAUGAUGAAAAUCCUGCAUCAAGUGGAGAUUCAUAGGAUCUCAGCAUCAGAUUUGACAUUUUUAAAUGAAAUCGUGGAUGAUGAGGCUACAAUUGAGGCUACAAUUAAUGGCUUAGCUGAAAAAAACAAAGAGAAAACACUGGAAGAGAUUGUAGAGGAAAUUUGUCAACAAGCAGAUAUUGAUGACCAAAUGAUGGCAGAAGUGAAGGAUAUUGUGUCAACUGUGAAUGACAGUCUAUCAGCUUCUACAGCUCCACAUCUACAUGCCAAAAAGAGCAUUUUGUUUAAGAUCUGCAAAGCCGUGGAAAAAACAAAGAACUAUAAACCUCGAGUGACUCAGAUGGUGAGCUGGGGCCCGUUUCAGAAAGCAGGGUUUUUUACAGGAGAAGGAAAGUCGUGCAUCGUGGCAAUGUUUGCUGAAUAUCAGGUCAUGAUCGAGAAAAAAAACCCUGAUAUCAUCUCAAGUUCUCAUGUACUUGCUGAAAGAGAUGCUGAAGAAUGGUCUCCAUUUUAUAAGGAACUAGAUAUAACGGUUGAUGUCAACACUAACAAAUCGAAAGAUGAAGACCUCAAGAAGUGCUAUGAUUGUCAGGUGGUCUAUGGAACUACUCAGGAUUUUGCAGGUGAUUUUUUGCGCCAGCGCUUCCACAGAAGAGAUGUGAGACCUGAGAGAAGGUUUCAGUGUCUGAUAGUGGAUGAGGUGGACUCACUUAUGCUGGAUAAAGGUCUUGAAGUGGUCUACUUGAAUAGUAAGGUUCCUCUCAUGGAAAGUUUGAAUGGAAUUCUGGCUCAAAUUUGGUCAAUGGUCAACCAACUGAACGUUUAGAGACUGGAGAGAUUUUAGGCCCUAUUCAGCUAUUCUCUGAGGUCCUGUUCGAAAUCAUACAUGAAAAUAAAAACAUUGAUCAACAUAGUAUAAUGCAGAUGGUUGUGGAUGCAGGAAUUCAUCCAAUGCCAGCACAAUUCAGAAUCCAGAUGAAGGAAAAUGUAUCAAACAUUUUGAAAAGGUUAGAUAACGCAAGUGUCGUCCAAAUUGUGGCAUUUUUAACCUUGUUUGACGUUUACUUUCCAGAGUAUAACUUUAAUGUAUACCAACAAAGCAUUGAUGGGUCUUUAAAGAAACUGAAUGCUAUAAGUCCCCCAAGUACAAAUGAAAGACAAUAAAUAUUUAUUCUUCUUCUGGAAAGUGGACAGUGUCGUAUUGUCUAUUUCAAGGAGGACCCACUUGUUAUAUCAAUAGAAAAAAGGAUUAAAAGGCAUUUUGAGUCAAAAGAGGAACAAAUGGAAUCUUUUAUCCCAGGCCACCAAUGUCUUAUUAAUGGUAAGGUACAAAUUUGGAUUAAAAAUGCUCUACUAGCUAAAAAAAUGACUUUGGAUCAAGAGUUUAUCCUUCAUAAAGAUGGAGUAGUUCCUGUUGAUUACAAAUGCACUGGCAUUGUGCAGAAUAACAUGACAUGGGGGGGAAGGCCUUCAGCAGUUUCUGGAGAUGAAACACCAAACGAAACUGUCCAACAUGAGCCUAAUCACAAACUUCAUGUCUAAUGUGGGUUUAUUUAAAAACUACUCAAACCAGUUCUAUGGGAUCACAGGAACUGUGGGUGACCGAACAGAGCUUGAAAUGCUGAAGAAGCUCUACAACGGCAUUAAGACCUGUAAGAUUCCCUCAUUUAGACGAAGAAAACUUUAUGAGCUGGAAGGCAUGGUGAUACCUGAAGAGGAUGAAUGGAUCAGGAAUGUCUGUAUUGUCGCUCAGAAUCAAGUGAACCCCACAGUCUAUCGAGGUCCACGAGCAGCUCUCAUCAUCUGUGAAACCAUCAAUCAUGCAGAAAUGUUCCACCAGUCUCUUGCGAACACCAUCUCAAAACACAAACUAAAACUCUACAUGAAUAACAACAUGGAUAACUCUAUGAUAACAAAUUCAACCAUUCAAGAGGGGGAUGUUAUCAUUGCAACUAAUCUUGCAGGUCGAGGUACAGAUCUUAAAGUCUGUGAAAGUGUAAAUGAGGCCGGAGGUCUGUUUGUGCUGCAAACCUUCUUACCUCUGAAUGUCCGAGUUGUACAACAAGCCUUCGGAAGAACUGCUCGCCAAGGGAGUCCAGGAUCCGCUCAGCUUAUCAUGUGCGGCAAACAUUUUUCUGAUUCUGUGAAACUUGUGAUGGAUUUAAACACAUCUGUCACCAGCUUACUCAGUCGCUUGAACUGUCUUAAACAUAUACUGAUGUCAUGCCAUUCCAAAGAUGGCAAUUUGUUUGAGGAUGCAUUUAAUUAUUACCUGGAUAAUCGGAGCUUUCAUUAUCAUGAGGCAAUGGUCUCUGCCCUUACAGACCUCUUAACCAUGAAAACCCUUUCAUCACAAAACUGGAAUCUGAAAAUGGCAAGAUGCAAGAAAUACUUUGGUAAAAAUCAGACUCUCAAGCUUUCUUGAAAAAGACGUUCCAAAAAACACAAAAGAGGAAGAGCUUUUUUCUGCUUACCUUGAUUUUUUGGACGAAGUUUAUGACAAUGAUGUUUUCUCUGACCAGCGUGAUGUAAUUGUGUCCUCUCUUCAUGAGUGCUGGUGUUUGUGGCUCCCGAUGAAGUUCAGUGAUGAAAAACCCAUUGGGAUACUGAAAGAACAGCUCAGGGUGGACUUGUCAAAUGCAAAGAAAACUCUUUUGAGUAAACAGUCCCCAUCAUCCAUGGUCUACUUUUGCAUCAGGUCUGGAAACAAUCUCCGUGAGAAGGGAUGCCUUUCCGAGAGCAUUGAGAUGUUGUGGCGAGGCGCAGGUCCAGGAUCAGCGUCGCCUGGGAAACGGCUCGGCAGCUGACGCUGAUUGCGUCCACCUGACGCUGAUUAGCUGCCGGGCAUAUAAGCUACGUGUUCCUAACACUCGGGGUUCUGGCUCUGACAACGCCUAACGUGGAGUAUUCGCUUCCCCCGAGUGAGUGACGGAGGAAGUGAUCUGCGAGAGGAAGCACGGAUCCUGAGAUGGCAGCAGACGAGCACCCCAGACAUUACCCUUUUGUACGAAGUACCUUUUUGUUUUAUAAUAAAUUUCCCACUGGGGUUGCUCGAAACCUUGCUGUGUGCGUGUCGUGUCUCUUCACCCCGUCACACUGGUGGAGAAUGCGGGCGUGGAAGCGAGAGACCGGCGCGUGCAAGGGUCUUGCCUACAGUGUUUCCUCAGCCCCGGAGAAGGACGGAUACGCUCUCUCUCGCCGUGGUCCAGGAGGGAGAAACCCGAGGACGACGAGGACAAGAGGGAGAGAGAUCGACGGCCCCGAAAACAGGGACGAUCCCAGCCCCAGAGACCGCUGCCCAGCCGCCCGACCGAGCAAUCAAGCUGCCGGAGAGGGUUGUAUAGCCAACCGAGUGCGCGGCCCAGACGCCAGAGAGCGUGGCCCAGCUGCCAAGGAGUUCGGCUCAGCCGCCGGAGAAUGCUGCCCAGCCGACAGAGGUCGCUGCCCAGCCGUCCGAGAGUGUGGCCUAGAAGGGAUUCCCGCGCAUGGAGUAGCCAACGAUCCCGUCCAUCUUCCAGCCUGUCAGUCCGUCUUCCAGUCAGUAUGGGUCGGACUGACAGGCGACAUUUCCCCUCCCACCCCUAUCGUUUUCCCGAGCUGUCCGGGAACCAGGUCGACGCUUAGGGGGGGGGAAUGUGGCGAGGCGCAGGUCCAGGAUCAGCGUCGCCUGGGAAACGGCUCGGCAGCUGACGCUGAUUGCGUCCACCUGACGCUGAUUAGCUGCCGGGCAUAUAAGCUACGUGUUCCUAACACUCGGGGUUCUGGCUCUGACAACGCCUAACGUGGAGUAUUCGCUUCCCCCGAGUGAGUGACGGAGGAAGUGAUCUGCGAGAGGAAGCACGGAUCCUGAGAUGGCAGCAGACGAGCACCCCAGACAUUACCCUUUUGUACGAAGUACCUUUUUGUUUUAUAAUAAAUUUCCCACUGGGGUUGCUCGAAACCUUGCUGUGUGCGUGUCGUGUCUCUUCACCCCGUCACAGAUGUACACCAAAGCUCUGGAAAAAGAUGCAUCUGGAGAGAUUAUUCCUCUCUAUAAUUGUGCACUGGCCACUAUUAAGAAGAAAGACACUGGCUACAUUGCUAAAGCGCUGAGUGAUCUGAAAAGGGCUGACAAGGCAAUAGAUUCAUAUAAGUUACUUCUGCCAACAAUUUGGAAUCAUGUCAAAUCAUCAAUGCAAGACCCAAAAAUGGAAGGCGAUGCUUUACUCACCAAACAGUUUCGAGUGAAGAGUAUGAUUGUAGACCUACUGAAGAUGAACAUUCAAGACUCUGUAAUGAAGCUGAAGAGCGCUGAAAGCAGAAGAGGGGAAGUGAGACUUUCUGAAAAACAUACAAUGUUUCUGGCACGAGAUUUUAUGGAGUGGGCUAUUAGCAGAACCGGUAUAAGCCUGGCUGAAAUCAUUGCACUUUCUCUGAUAAAUGACUUUAUAACGAGGGCUGACAUCAAAGGAGAAGAUUUAAACCUGACUGAAAAUUUUGCCAAAUUUUGGGCAGAACACUGUGCAGAGAGCUGAAAACAGAGAACGAGAUGUGGACCAGCCUGAAAGAGAUUCUGUUAGAAGGUCUUCUUCAUUUCUUCCUGAUAACUUUCAGACAGAAGACCUUAUUCAGAGUUCUGUGAGAGUUUUGAUGGAGCUGCUAAUGGAAUUUGAACAUAUCAUGUUUUUAGGUCUUGACACCAUGUUCUGUUUGGAGGUCAUAUUUUCUCAAGGUGGCUUUUUUUCAAAGCUAUUUAAUCUCUUUUGAAUUGUGACAGUUCAUUUAAAGCAUGUCACUUCACAGGGCCUGGCGAAGAUAUUAAGUGACAGGAGACUAGAUGAUUUAAAGCCAAAAGUUAUGUUUUUGUUUUGUAAUUUAAAAGACUAUAGUAGUAAAAAAUAUAUCUAAGACUAAUGAAAAUGUGUAUCUUGAUGCGGUAUAAAUUUCCUUAUUAAACACAAGUACACUGUAAAAUAUGAAUGUGUCUUUACAAAUAGAGUAAUAUAAUUUUCCAGUAAUUUUAUACUUUUUUUAUUUAAAAGGGAUCAUAAUUUACGUGAAAUUCACAUUUUUUCCAGUUCUUUUCCAAAUUAUAUACUGUAUGUUACUAAAAAACACUAUAGAGCCAUUUUGCCACCUCUGACAAGGAUGCAAACUUUCA